ACACAUCCAGGCAAACGUCAUAAUUGUCUCUCGGGCUAUUAAUAUGCGAAUUACUAUAGUGACAAUCUGCUCAAGCUCUGAGUGAAAUUAAUUUUCUCUACAUCUGAAAGUUCCGUCACUGAGAGGCAACGCGACGAACAAAAGCGCUCAGAUUGCGUCCGUAUUGUUUUAUUGCAGACAGCAUUGUUGGGAAAUGUCUGGGUGAAUAUGAAUGUUGUGGCACUGGAAAGAAUCGUGUCUUUAUGGUCUUGCUCUCCUCUGUAAUCCCCUGAGCUCCUCCCCUCCGUGCGUGGAGAGCUUCAUUUGAUCAAAUCCUUCAAGUUGGAGCGCUUCGCUGAAUCGCACUUUCCCACAGCAUCUCAACUGUGGCUGCAUCACCGCGCCGAAACUUGUACGAGGACUUCUUUCCGUCAAUAACUGACGCUAAAGAGAGGAAAAGAACAGUGUAUCGUGUUGUUAUCCGCGAUGGAGAGAGGAAUCAGAUAUUGCCGGGUUAAUGUUUUCUGCACCCUGCUUUUGAUUUUGUUCGCUUGGGUUCCGGUGACCAAAACAGUGAUAACUUGCAGGUCAUGUCACCUGCUGGAUAAGUGGAGCAGGCGGGAAUUAUUGGUGAGGAUGGACAGUGGUGUCGAUUUUGGUAAAGUUGGUGAUAAAAAUGGAGACGGGUCAACGGCGCUGUUUAAUUCGGCUGGUGCUGAAACUGGUCAACCCGACUGCGGCGCAACCGACAACUGCGAACACACUCACACUCUGCGCAAAAAAAAAACACACACACUACUCCCAUAAAAAAAAAUGCCACUCGAUGAUAAACGGAAGUCGAUGCGCAGUUAUGGCAAAGUUUAUAGCCUCAAACGUCCAGGUUCACAAGGUUCAGCCCCUGGAGAGCCCCAUCACCGAGUGCGUAGAAGCACCCACGGACCCGGCUCGCCCCCAAGUGCGCGGUCGCUGCCGGCUUUUGGAAACAGCACCGCGCGGUCUGCGCGCAGAGUCCCCCGCUCUGAUCUGAGAUGGAACAGGGAAGAGCGGAGAACGGCCACAUCGCGACAGGAGGAGCUGAAACUUACCAGCUCUACCUUUGCGCUGACAGGGGAUUCCGCUCACAACCAAGCCAUGGUGCACUGGUCCGGCCAAAACAGCAGCGUGAUUCUCAUGCUGACCAAACUAUAUGACUUCAAUCUGGGCAGUGUCACAGAAAGCUCCUUAUGGAGGUCAACAGAUUACGGAACCACUUACGAGAAACUCAAUGAAAAGGUGGGAGUAAAGACCAUCCUCAGCUAUCUGUACGUCAGCCCCAACAACAAGCGCAAGAUCAUGCUGCUGACAGAUCCAGAGGUGGAGAGCAGUUUGCUCAUCAGCUCAGAUGAAGGCGCCACUUAUCAAAAAUAUCGCCUCAACUUCUACAUCCUUAGCCUGCUGUUUCACCCUGAGCAGGAGGACUGGAUCCUUGCCUAUGGCCAUGACCAGAAGCUCUACAGCUCUGUUGAGUUCGGCCGUCGAUGGCAGCUCGUUCACGAGCGGGUGGCACCCAAUCGAUUCUACUGGUCUAAACUGGGCCUUGAUAAAGAGCCGGGCCUGAUUCACCUUGAGACCAGCAUCUCAGAAACCCAGGCUCUUUAUGUCACAUGCAAGCUUCAGAACUGCACAGAUGCCAACAAAGGCAAACCUUUUCCUGGAUACAUCGACCCCAACUCCCUGGUGGUCCAAGAUGAGUAUGUGUUUGUCCAGGUGUCAACUGGUGGCCGGCCAAUCUACUACGUGUCAUCCAGGCGAGAUGUGUUUACACCCAUGAAGCUUCCCAAAUACACCCUUCCAAAGGAUCUGCAUGUGAUUAGUACAGAUGAGAACCGGGUCGUGGCGGCAGUUCAAGAGUGGAACCAGAAUGACACUUACAACCUGUAUGUGUCAGAGGCCGGAGGCAUUUACUACACGCUGGCUUUGGAGAAUGUCAUGAGCAGUAUGGGACCAGAGGGAAAUGUCAUGAUAGAUCUAUAUGAGGUGGCAGGAAUAAAAGGCAUGUUCUUGGCCAAUAAGAAGCUAAAUAAUGAGGUGAAGACAUACAUAACCUAUAACAAAGGCCGCGACUGGAGGCUCCUGCAGGCUCCCUCAGCUGAUCUCAGAGGAAACCGAAUCCAUUGCAUGCUGCCAUACUGUUCUCUGCAUCUUCACCUGCACGUAUCUGCAAACCCAUACACAUCUGGAAAUAUAGCCAGCAGAGAGUUGGCCCCUGGAAUCAUAGUGGCAUCAGGUUCAAUCGGCGCAGAGUUAACGAGCAGCAACGUUAGCAUGUUCAUCACAUCCGACGCUGGAAACACGUGGCGGCAGAUAUUUGAUGAAGAGUACAGUGUGCUGUAUCUGGAUCAAGGUGGAGCUUUAGUGGCAAUUAGACACACCCCUCUUCCCAUCAGGCACCUCUGGUUGAGCUUUGAUGAAGGGAGGGUGUGGAACAAAUACAGUUUCACUUCAUCACCCCUGUUCGUGGACGGUGUCUUGGGCGAACCGGGCGAGGAAACGCUUAUAAUGACGAUCUUCGGUCAUGUCAGUCACCGCUCAGAAUGGCAGCUGGUAAAGAUAGACUUCAGGUCUAUCUUUAACAGAAGAUGCAUCGAGUCUGACUAUGUGCCGUGGGAUUUACAUGACCAGGGUGAACGCUGCCUCAUGGGAGUCAAAAGAGUCUACCGAAAGCUAAAGCCCAUAGCAAGGUGUGUUAUGGGUAAAACCUACUCUGUCACGAUGAUAUCCGAGCCAUGUGACUGCACUGAGUCGGACUUUGAGUGUGAUUAUGGCUUCGAGAGAAGGGCUGAUGGGAAAUGUACUCCAGCAUUCUGGUUCCUGCCCUCCUCCAUGUCUCGGACCUGUACUACAGAACACACAUUCCUCAACAGCACUGGGUACAGAAAGGUGGUUUCUAAUAACUGCACCAGAGGGGUGAUGGAACAGUUCACGGCUCGUAGGCAGCCGUGCCCUAGUCGGGCCCCUCGCGGCCUUCACUUAGUAACCAGCGAAGGGAAGCUAACGGCUACUACUGCCAGCAACGUCACCUUUCUCGUCUUCCUGGAGGAGGGUGAUGGAUCGAAAACCAGCAUCACAGUGGAUUUUGGCGACGGAAAUGCUUUCACCUACUCCAACGUGAGCUCUAUCGAGGAUGGCAUUAAACACAUCUACAAGAACGUGGGAAUCUACCGAGUGUCAGCCACGGCCGAGAACACUCUGGGCUCGGAAACGGUGCUCCUCUUCCUACACAUUACGUGUCAACUGGAGUCUAUUCAUCUCUCCGCUCCUUUUGUAGCUGUGAAAAAUAAAGAAGUCAAUCUGACGGUGGUUCUCUCACCAAGCCAAGUGGGAACGGUCACCUAUAACUGCUUACUCUAGAGAUUGCCUCACAGACCCGUGAUCACGCUGGAGGGGAGUGUGGCGUUCACGUUCUCUCGAGAGGGAAUCAGUGUUGUCACCGUACAGGUGUCCGCUGGGAAUAACAUCCUGCAAGACAGGAAAACCAUCGCUGUCCACGAAUACUUCAGAUCUCAUCUUCUUGCCUUUUCAUCUAAUCUGGAUGAUCACAACCCUGAUGUGGCUGAAUGGAGGCUGGAUGUGAGUCGAGUCAUUAAAACCUCUAUGGUGCAGGCGACAGGAGUGAAUUCAGACCAGCUGUUGGUCACUGUGUUGCCUGGACUGCCAACAGUGGCCGAGUUCUUUCUGUUACCAGACAAACAGCUGACAGAAGGGAAACCAGAAAAAACAGCUACCCAUUUAGACCAGCUCUCAGAACUGGUUCUCAGUGCUCUGAAUCAGAAUCUGGUUCAGUUCACACUCAGACCAGGAGUCCAGGUCACAGUAUACGCUGCCCAUUUAUCAGCAGCGCCUCUAGUGGACACAAGCGAGAAUCACAGUGGCUCAGCUAUGCUCAUGCUCCUUUCUGUGGUGGUGGUGGGUUUAGCUGUGUUCCUCAUCUAUAAAUUCAAAAGGAAGAUCCCAGGCCUCCACAUGUCUGCACCGAUGUUUUUUGAAAAUAAGAGUAAGAGAUGA